CAGACAUGUCCUAGACAUCUAUUUUGGCAUAGAUAUCUGCUGCGUCCUCUUCUUCUACGUGGCUAUCUCUCUACGCAUAGCAGCCCUACUCAAUCAAGGUAAUUGGGCCUUGAUGAAUACCGCCCGGGUUUUCUACAGCCUGGAUUAUAUAGCGUUCUCACUGAGACUGUUCAAGUUCUUUUACGCCAAUCAAUACUUAGGCCCCAUAACAGCUACGCUCUUUGUGAUGGUAAGUCGUCUUUCAUGAUGCUAAUUAACCAGUGCCAUUUUUUUGUUAAAUUGGUCAUUUAAAAUAUUGUGUUAUGUUUCUUUAAAUUGGGUCUUAAUUUUGUAACAGUAGUUUCCUGUUCAAAGAUGAUAUAAACGGCAAGCAAAUCGAACAAAGAAACAUUAACAUGCCCAGUGUAAAGAUGUCGAUUUCAUUAUCGGCCUUAUCGGCCAUCUGCACACCACAGCCAAUUUCACAAUUCUUUCUAUACGAUGAUUAAAAUGAUCAUAGUCGAUUUUGACUAAAAUAUAAAAUGAGUAAAACAAAGUAAGGUUAAACCAGAAAAAAAGGAACGCAACAAAACAACGAAAGUGUCGGCAAGAAGCCUUCGUCAGCUAACAAAACAUCAGAAAAAAACAGAAUAAAAUUAACAAAUAGCACAUAGCUUUGAAGUAGUAUCCAUGGGCAGCAAAUGAAUUGUGCUAAUAUCCCCUUAUUAGCUUGAUUUUGAAAAACGGACUUUAACUAUAUAAAUUUAACCAAAUGAUAAAACAAACAUUAGGACUCUGAUUAACCUGAUCGACGAUAAGUUAAAAAAACAUCAAGCAAAUAGACACAAAAAAAAAACAAAAAAAAACAGGAUUCAUCUUUAUAAAUUAUAAUUGAAUUAUCGGCUUAUCAGCCAUUUUCGCACCCGAAACUAAGUUCACAAUCAUUGCAUAUAAUGUGUUCAUGGUCAGUUUCGACUAAUGAACUAUGGACACAUGAAUAAUUAUUUUAAUAGAUUUUGUUAAAAACAAACACCGGUUCCUGAAAUAUUGAAUUAGUUUUGCUGUUAUUUUUUCACCUGAUUGAAAUGAAAACCAAACAAUUGCAAAUUGCGGUUGAAAUUAAUAACCAAAAAUUUUGUAUAUUAACCCUUGAAACACAUGCUAGUAUUUAUUCUAAUGAUAUAAAGCAAUGUUGGAAAAGUACUCUUCAGAUUGAUCCGAUUGCCUAUAUUUCAUAUUAUUUAGAGAGCCACAACAUAUUUUUUUAGAAACACAAAGUUUUUGUUAAACUUUUAUCAGUAACAUUUCAGGCCGCAAGGAAAAAGUUUAAGUGGUUAGAUGAAAAAUUAUAAAAGUUACUUUGGCAAAUGUAAUACAAAUAUUGCAGAAAUAAUAAAAAUUGUUUUGUUCAAUUAAAGCCACCGUUAUGAGGCGCAAGAGACGCAUGCGCUCUAACAAAUGCAUUAGCCAACCUUUGGGAUAGACUUGUUACGUUUCAGAGUUGUUAACUACGAAUUUCCAAAACAUAUUUUACUAAACCGUUUAAAAAAAAAAAAAAAUAUUAUAAUAUUGAGACGCUGUCAAAUAAGGAUCAAAUAAGAUGUAAUUAAUUUUAUGUGCAUUAUAUGUAUCUGUUUUUUAAACAUAUGAAUUUCUAUUUUUACUUUUAAAUAACAGUUUUGGACUUUGAUGAGGUUUCUGGCAAUAAUCGGGGUUUUUCUGCUGGGGUGUAUGGUGGCCACCGAGUCAGUCAUGUACCCCGAGGCACAUUUCAACGUGAC